AGCCCUCGACUUCCGGCGGCGUUUAGAGGACAUCCUCUCCAGCGGCGGCCCGUGUUUCCGUGGCCUUGUCUCAUUCCCUAUCCUCUCUUUGUUUUUCUGUCCACGUCCCAGUCCCGCUUGACCCUGGCGAAGCGGGUGGUGGAUUCCGCUGCUCACCCGCCCCCGGGGCCCCUCGCCAGCCGAGGGCCGGUUCCGGGGAGCCGCGCGCGCACCUCCUUGUCCGUGCCGUCGUCCUCCCGGGGCCAAGUCCGGGGACUGAGAAGCGUCUCCCCCGCUCCUCGGAGCGGCGGCGGCGGUGACAGCUCGGGACUGUGCGUGCGAAGGGAGCUCGGGGAGGAGUAGUACAAAAUGUCAAAAAUUAGAAGGAAGGUCACAGUGGAAAAUACGAAGACCAUUUCUGAAAGCACAUCCCGAAGACCCAGCGUGUUCGAGAGGCUCGGGCCCAGCACGGGGAGCUCGGCGGAGACGCAGUGCCGGAACUGGCUGAAGACUGGCAACUGCCUCUAUGGAAACACGUGUAGGUUCGUGCACGGCCUUUCACCCCGGGGCAAAGGCUACAGCAGCAGUUACAGAAGGUCCCCAGAAAGACCUACAGGGGAUCUCAGGGAAAGAAUGAAGAACAAGCGGCAGGAUGUGGACGCUGAUCCCCCGAAACGCGGUGCGGAGGAGUCGUCCUCCCCUGUCAGGAAAGAAUCUUCAAGGGGGAGACACAGGGAAAAGGAAGACAUAAAAAUUACCAAGGAGAGAACUCCAGAAAGUGAAGAGGAAAAUGUGGAAUGGGAAACUAAUAGAGAUGAUUCUGACAAUGGAGAUAUUAAUUAUGACUAUGUUCAUGAAUUGUCAUUGGAAAUGAAGCGUCAGAAGAUACAGAGGGAAUUAAUGAAGCUGGAGCAAGAAAACAUGGAGAAGAGAGAAGAAAUUAUUAUUAAAAAGGAGGUCUCACCAGAAGUGGUUAGGUCAAAGUUAUCUCCGUCGCCUUCUCUGAGGAAGUCUAGCAAGUCUCCAAAGCGAAAAUCAAGCCCUAAGUCAUCGUCCUCGUCCAGCAAGAAGGACAAGAAGACAGCUGCGGUGUCCUCUCCGCUGUUGGACCAGCAGAGGAAUUCAAAAAGCAACCAGAGUAAGAAAAAAGGACCUCGCACUCCUAGCCCACCCCCUCCAGUACAGGAAGAUAUUGCUCUGGGGAAAAAAUAUAAAGAAAAGUAUAAAGUAAAAGACAGGACAGAAGAAAAACCAAGAGAUGGAAAGGACAGAGGACGGGAUUUUGAAAGACAGAGAGAAAAACGAGACAAGCCCAGGUCGGCCUCCCCUUCGGGACAGCACCGCUCGCCCGUGUCUUCCCGACACCACUCGUCCUCCUCGCGCUCGGGGUCCUCCGUGCAGAGGCACUCUCUCUCCCCUCGUCGGAAGAGAACCCCCUCGCCGCCCUACCAGAGGACGCUGACUCCGCCGCUGCGACGGUCUUCCUCGCCAUACCCGUCCUCACACGCCCCGUCGUCCCCGCAGAGGAAGCAGAGCCCCCCGCGGCAGCGCUCGCCCCUGCGCGAGAAGGGGCGGCACGAGCACGAGCGGGCCUCGCAGGCACACGACCGGCGGCACGACCGCAGGGAGGAGACUAGAGGCAAGAGGGACAGAGAGAAGGAUGCCCGAGAAGAGCGGGAGUACGAGCAGGAGCAGAGCUCUUCCCGGGACCACAGAGAGGACCGGGACCCCCGAGAGGUGCGGGACCGAAGGGACGCCAGGGACGCGCGGGACCGACGGGAGCUGAGGGACUCCAGAGACCUGCGGGACUACAGCAGGGAGGCCAAGGAGAGCCGGGACCCCAGAGACGCUCGCUCCACGCGGGACGCUCACGACUACAGGGACCGGGAAGGCCGGGAUGCGCAUCGGAAGGAGGACGCCUAUCCCGAGGAGUCCCGCGGUUACGGCAGAAACCAUCUGAGAGAGGAGGGUUCUCGUGUGGAACUGAGGGGCGACCCCAGAAACGAGUCUCGGAGUGAAAUGAGGAUGGGCAGGAGUCGGGGGAGAGGCCCCGAGCUGCCCGAGAAAGGGGGCCGCGGCACGAGGUCCUCUCAAGUCGACGGUCACGGCGGUGGCAGCAACUAUCAUGACAGCUGGGAGACGCGAAGCAGCUACCCCGAGAGAGACAGGUACCCUGAGAGGGACAGCAGGGACCUGCCGAGGGACUCCUCCUUCGAGAGAAGACACGGCGAGAGGGACCGCCGAGACGCCCGGGACAGAGCUCCUAUGUUCUACACCUCCUGCUGCCCCUAUCCUUUGCCACCAGUGUUCUCAGGUCCUGCUGGGGGGACAGAGAAGAUCAGAGAUCAAAGACCAAGCUCACCAAUUCGACAUCAGGGAAGGAAUGACGAGCUUGAGCGUGAUGAAAGAAGAGAGGAACGGAGAGUAGACAGAGUGGACGAGAGGAGAGAGGACAGGGCCAGAGAGCGGGACCGGGACCGGGAGCGGGAGCGGGACAGGGAGCGGGACCGGGAGCGGGAGCGGGAGCGAGAAAAGGAGAGAGAGCUGGAGAGAGAGCGGGCUAGGGAGCGGGAGAGAGACCGAGAGAGGGAGAAAGAGAGAGACCGAGAGAGGGAGCGGGAUCGCGACCAUGACCGCGAGAGGGAGAGAGAGAGGGAGCGGGAGAGGGAGAAGGAGCGGGAGCGGGAGAGGGAGCGAGAAGAGAGGGAGCGGGAACGAGAACGGGAGCGGGAGAGAGAGCGGGAACGCGAGCGAGCCAGAGAAAGGGAGAAGGAGCGAGAGCGCCAGAGGGACUGGGAAGACAAAGACAAGGGACGCGAGGACCGCAGGGAGAAGCGCGAAGAUGUCCGAGAAGACAGGGGUCUGCGAGAGGGACACGAGGAGAGGAAGUCAAAGAAGCGCUAUAGAAACGAGGGGAGCCUGAGCCCGCGUCCGUCCCCGAAGCGCCGGCGCGAGCACUCUCCCGACAGCGACGCCUACAACAGCGGGGACGACAGAAGUGAGCGGGACGAAAGGCACAGGCUCUUGAGCCAGGUUGUGCGACCUCAAGAAUGUCACUCUCUCAGCCCGUCACACUUCCCCGAAGACAGGCAGGGUCGGUGGAAGGAGGAAGAUCGUAAACCAGAGCGGAAGGAGAGUUCCAGGCGCUACGAAGAGCCAGAGCUCAGAGAGAAGGCCCCCCCUGCAGAUAAGCAGAGGGAGCAGAAGGAGCUCUCGGAGGGCUCCCGGCUGCGGGCGCAGGACGCGAUGGGACACCGCCCGUCCGAAGACCGCGACCUGUCCGACGGGGCCCACGAUGAGAGCAAGAAGCGAGUGAAGGUGCAGAAGAAGCCCGUCAGAAAAAAGAGAGAGGAGGACGUGGGCGUGGACAGGGGAAACACGGAGGCGGCAUGCGAAGACGGGCCGGUGUUCUCGCCCAGAAAAGGAGUGAAGAAGAGGAGUGUGGAAAAACGGCACAAGCGCCCCAGAGGCGAUUCCGACAUUUCUGAUGAAGAGGCAGCCCAGCAGAGUAAGAAGAAGAGAGGCCCUCGGACGCCCCCUCUGACGGCCAAGCAGGGGCUGGCCGGACUCUCCGGAGAUAAGGACGUGACCGUGGAAGACGCUCACAGGAGAGAAGACACGGCGUUCAGUGACUGGUCUGACGAGGACGUGCCUGACCGCGCCGAGGUCCCCGAGGCCGAGCGUGCUGCUGCGGCCGUCACCCCUGGCAGGACGCCUUCCCCAUCCUCUCUCCCUCCUCCUCCUCCUCCCGCCGCUGCCGCUGCCACUACCACGGUGCCUACUGCUCUCACCGCUGCUGCUGCUGCCGCCGGCACCUCUGCCGCCACCAUUUCCGCUUCGGCCACCCCCGGCGUCGGUGAAGACUCACAUAGAAAAUGCCACAAGGUGCGAGCAGAGAGAGGGGACGCCCCUCACGGCACUGCGGACGACGCGUCCCAUCGCAAGCCAGUGGAUCAGAAGAGGAGCAGCAGCCUCGGGAGCAACCGGAGCAACCGGAGCCACACGUCCGGGCGGCCGCGCUCCCCGUCCAGCGAGUCUGCCCAUCGAAGUGGAGAUGACCAGAGUGGUCGGAAGAGGGUCCUGCACAGUGGCUCGAGAGACAGAGAAAAAACGAAGAGCUUGGAAGUCGCAGGGGAGAGGAAGUCCAGGAUCGACCAGCUGAAGCGCGGGGAGCCCAGUCGGAGCACGUCCUCAGAUCGCCGGGAUUCGAGAAGCCACAGUUCAAGAAGAAGCUCUCCUGAGUCGGAUCGACAGGUUCAUUCUAGGUCCGGGUCGUUCGAUAGCAGAGACCGGCUUCAGGAGCGUGACCGGUACGAGCAUGACCGAGAGCGGGAGAGAGAGAGGAGGGAGGCCAGGCAGAGAGAGUGGGAUCGAGACGCGGACAAGGACUGGCCACGGAGCCGGGACAGACUGCGGGAGCGAGAGCGAGACAAGAGGAGGGACCUGGACAGGGACAGAGAGAGACUGCUUUCCGAUUCCCUGGAAAGGGACAGGGACAGAGAGAGGACUUUCGAAAGCUCUUCUCAGAUGGAAUCGGUGAAACGCAGUGAGGCAAAACUGGAGCCCGAGCACGAGCGAGACGUGGAAGGCCCUUUCCGAGACUCUGGGGCGCUGGAGAAAGAGCGCCCGGACCGAGACCCUGCGCCUGUGCAGGGGCUUGACGACGCAGACAGAGCCGAGAGAGCCGAGAGCAUGGAGGCAGGAGAUGACGAGUCCAAGUUAGAUGAGGUGCACUCCCUUGGCUCCGGUGCGGGCGAGGGCUACGAGCCCAUCAGCGACGACGAACUGGAUGAGAUUCUGGCCGGUGACGCUGACAAGCGGGAGGACCAGCAGGAUGAGGAGAAGAUGCCAGACCCACUGGACGUGAUCGACGUGGACUGGUCCGGGCUUAUGCCAAAGCACCCGAAGGAGCCGCGAGAGCCGGGGGCCGCACUCCUCAAGUUCACGCCUGGGGCUGUGAUGCUGCGGGUCGGGGUUUCUAAGAAGCUGGCAGGUUCCGAACUCUUUGCCAAAGUCAGAGAAACGUGUCAGAGACUGUUGGAGAAACCCAAAGAUGCAGACAGUCUUUUUGAACACGAGUUGGGGGCUCUCAACAUGGCUGCGUUACUGCGGAAAGAAGAGCGGGCAAGUCUUCUCAGUGACCUCGGGCCGUGCUGCAAAGCCUUGUGCUUCAGGCGGGACUCUGCGAUCCGAAAGCAGCUGGUCAAAAAUGAGAAGGGCACGGUGAAGCAGGCCUACACUGGGGCGCCGGUGGUGGACAACGAGCUGCUGCGGCUCAGCCUGCGGCUGUUCAAGCGGAGGAGCGCCUGCCGUGCCCCGGGGCCCGACAAGGCCGAGGACGGCAAGCUGGUGCCCCCCGGCGAGCAGGAGCUGUGCGCGUCCUGAGGCGGAGGCUGGGUCCUCCGGGGAGAUGCGGUUUCACCAGCGUCCCGGACAGCGGCAGAGCAUGCUCCUCAGCCAGGCCACGAGAGCGAAGGCCGGGUAGCUGACGCUUAAAGGCGUCGGUUUGGCUAUACUGAGAUUUUGUGCAGUGCUUAAUGCUCGUGAAAAGUAGUGUGAAAGCAUCUAGAGUCAGUAGUUUGGUGCAUUUUGUUAAAACUGGAGUUUGGGGAAACGGUUGUCACUGCUUCCAGUCUAUGGAGGUUUUUCUGAAAAGGAGCCACUGGCGUGUGCUUGGUCCUUCCUGGAGAAACUGCGGCGUGGCUCAGGAGCUGUGUCCAUGGCACCCCUGCACGCACGCACUUGUGCUGUGCACCCCUGUGCUGCGCAGAACACGGGGCUGGCUCUGCCCCCGGGGUGGGCAGCACUCCGCAGGAGGGAGGAGCCAAGAGACUCUUUUCCUGGCUGAACUUCUAAGAAAGUUACUUAAUGAGUCUGUUUUUCUUUUUUUAAUAUGUUCAUUGUUACGGUGUAUACUAAUGCAUUUGGAAUCUGAAUGGUUUUGUUUGUUAUCAGAGACUGUCUUCUAUUUUUAUUUUUAAUAAACAUGCCCUCCUCCCUUUUCUUGCUUUAGAUUUACUUCUCAGUAGCACUAUUCCCGGUAUUCUGAAACACUUGCCAUCAACAUCACAUGUUUCAUGCCUCAGGUAUUCACCGCUCAAGUUCUUGCUCUCGGGCGCCGUUAAUGGUGUGCAGUGAAGACGUGCUUCCGUUAGAGCGCGGCAGUGCGUGAAGCAAACCGAGAGUGGAGAGAGCAGUGUCAUCCGAGCUUUGAAACACCACCAUCACAUUUUCCAGGGCUUUAACCUUUGAUUACAUUAAACUGGCUCCAGCCUCUACUAUGUAAAAUGACUUGCUUUUCAAAGAUUACAGUGUAUCUGCUUUACUCUGUGUGUAAAUAUUUAACUCAUGAAGUAGAUUCUUAGAAGGACUUGAAAUAGACUCAAAGCUGCGGAGUAUUGGGGGAGACAGAAAUAAUAGUAAUAACAAUAAUAAUAAUAAAGGAAACCAAUCAAAAUGGCAGUUGGUCCUUACCUCCAGCAGUUUUCUGUCUGACUAAGCUUAUGAUAACCUGUCUCCGUAGCUUUUUAUUGUCGCUAAAGGUAAUCAAGUUUCUUUCCAAAAACUUCAGGAAACAUUUACUGUGCAUUUAAUUUGUGCAAGGCACUUGCCCAGCAAGGGAAAC